AUGCACUCCUAUCUCACCGCCGCUCUCAUCGCAGCCAUCUUCUCACCUCUCGUGGCCGAAGCCGCAACAGGUAAUGGCAAGUCAACCAGGUACUGGGACUGCUGCAAACCCUCCUGCGCCUGGCCCGACAAAGCCUCGGUCAGCCAGCCGGCCCUCACCUGCGACAAGAACGACAACCCCCUGGGCCCGGAGGUGAAAAGCGGUUGCGAGAGCGGAGGCUCGGCCUACACGUGCACCAACCAAGCGCCCUGGGCCGUCAACGAUCUGGUCUCGUACGGUUUCGCGGCGACAGCGAUCAGCGGGGGCACCGAGGCCAGCUGGUGCUGUGGCUGCUACGCCAUCACCUUCACCUCGGGCAAGAACAAGGGCAAGAUCAUGGUAGUGCAGUCGACCAACACAGGCGGCGACUUGAGCAACAACCACUUCGACAUCAUGGUCCCGGGCGGCGGCCUCGGCAUCUUCGACGGCUGCACCGGCCAGUUCGGCUUCCAGUUCCCCGGCGCCCGCUACGGCGGCGUCUCCGCCCGCAGCGAGUGCUCCGCCUUGCCCGCCAAGCUGCAGCCCGGCUGCCAGUGGCGCUUCGACUGGUUCAUGAACGCCGACAACCCGGACCUGUCCUUCGCGCAGGUCCGGUGCCCGGCCGAGCUCAUCGCGCGCUCGGGCUGUCGGCGCGCCGACGACGCGAGUUUCCCGGCUUUCCAGAUGCCGGCCGACACGACAUGGCGGCCUCCGCAGUCGACGGAGACGGCCGGGCCGAACGAGCAGUGCGAUAGCAUCACCUGGGAUGCUCAGAAGAAGAUGAUUGAGACGUUCGUGGCUAGAUUAUUGGCAAUGCACCCAAGGCACCAACCCAACGGCGACCUCGUCUUCGUCCAGCUCGAGAGUUUCAUCCUUCACUAG